AUGAUGAUCUACUACUUGAGGAGGAGGAAGUUGGGAAGGCUCUUGGAACAAGUUUUUGAUCCUGCUCCAAUAAUGGCUUCAUCUCAGGAUGGAUGUCUAUCUGUGGGCUCCGCUGUGGCUGGAAGGAGAAUAGCAAACAUGGAGCUUUCUUGUCGUGCAUCCUUGGAAGAGGAAUUUACUCACAUCAAACAGAGCGAAACUAUUGAAGAUCAGAGAAUUCUCACUGAUGACGAAUUACUUCAAAAGGCACAUUUGGCUAUGGAAUUUGAGGAAGUGGCAACAAAUGAAGAGAUAGCAUGGAAGCAAAGAUCAAGGAUACAAUGGUUGAAAUAUGGUGAUAAGAACACCAAUUGUUUUCACAGAAUUGCUACGGUUCACAAAAGAUUUAAUUCCAUGGAUCAUUUAGACGUGGAUGAGCUUCAUGAAACUUCAGUGAUCUUUAGUGAAGAACGAAUAGGUUACAAAGACAAUUUGAGGAGGAGGAAAUUCUGGAGUGUAUCAAUUUAUGUGCUAUGGAGAAGGCUCCUAGACCGGAUGACUUUUGAAAGGAGCUUUAAUGCUACCUUUAUAGCUUUGAUCCCUAAGAAAAUAGGUGUUGCUGAUCUAAAGGACUACAGGCCAAUAAGUUUGGAAGGUGGAGUCUACAAAAUUAUUGCAAAGCUACUAGCAAAAAGGUUGAAUAAAGUGGUGAGUAAGCUGAUCAACAAACAUCAGAUGGCUGUUAUAACAGGGAGACAAAUUAUGGAUGUUGCACUCAUAGCUAGUGAAUGUAUUGAUUCAAGAAUGAAGGGAGUGGAACCUGGUGUUAUGUGCAAACUUGAUAUUCAGAAAGCCUAUGACCAUGUAAAUUAG